AUGACUGACGAAUAUUUUUUCACCUCUUGUUUCAUUUUUAACAGAUCUCCGGGUGGUUCUCCGCGCAAGAGCGGAGACAGCGACAGCGGCGCGAGCGGCAACCCGAGAACGCAACUCGCGGAGCAUUUGCCCGUGAUUGCGGAUAUCGGUGGUAUGUUUGCCGAUCUUGUUAGUCGUGUUCCGGGCAUGGAGAACUUCUUGACGGCGAUGAAGCGCCCGUUACGCGUCGCGACGAUGUGCUCUGGCACGGAGUCGCCGCUUCUCGCACUCGACAAGAUUGGGGACGCCACGGAAAAACUCUAUGGUACGCGUCUCGCCGUCGACCACGUGUUCUCGUGCGAGAUCGAACCGUUCAAGCAAGCAUACAUCGAGCGUAACUUCGCGCCGCCAAUCCUCUUUCGCGAUAUUCGCGAAUUAGGCGGCGACCAGGCGACGACGGCUUACGGCGCGAAAAUCAACGUGCCGCACGACGUCGACAUGCUCGUCGCGGGUACUUCUUGUGUCGAUUACUCCAACUUGAACAACGAGCGUAAGGGUCUCGAGGCACAAGGGGAGUCUGGUCAAACGUUCCGCGGGAUGAUGAACUGGAUCAGAAAGAGCCAACCACCGAUCAUCAUCUUGGAGAACGUGUGCAACGCGCCGUGGGAUCAAGUGCAGAAGAAGUUUGAAGACGAGGGCUACCACGCGCGUUUCAUGCGCGUGGACACGAAGCGGUUCUACAUUCCGCACACGCGUACGCGUGUGUACUUGUUUGCGUGCAAAGCGAGCGAUGCAUCGCUCGUCGAAGCGUGGAAGGGUAUGGUAAAGUCGCUCGAGCGACCGGCGAGCGCGACGCUCGAAGCAUUCCUCUUCGACGCCGACGAUCCUCGUGUACACGAAGGUCGACGUAUGUUGGCUCGCCCGGGUGAAGAUUCGACGCGCGCAAACACUGACUGGGGACGGUGCGAAUCUCGUCAUCAACGCGCACGCUUGGAGGAAGGUUUGGGUCAGCGUCGCCCGUUCACGCAUUGGGAUGGCGGUUGCACGCUCCCCGACUUUGCAUGGAACGACUGGGGUAAGGCUCAGACCGACCGCGUGCUUGACUUGAUGGACAUCGACUAUUUACGCCUUGCGCAACUUGAUAUUGAUUCCAUGCACAAGACUUUGGUUUGGAACCUCUCUCAAAACGUCGAUCGUACCACCGGCUCGGUCGCUCCGGGAAUUUGCCCGUGCCUGACGCCAUCGAUGGUGCCGUUCGUCACCAACCGUGGUGGUCCUCUCGUCGGCAUUGAAGCUCUGAGCUUACAAGGGAUUCCGGUCGAUGACUUGUUGUUGACCCGUGAAAGCGAGAACCAAAUGAGCGAUUUAGCCGGCAACGCGAUGACGACGACCGUCGUCGGCGCUUGCAUGCUCGCCGCGAUGACUCUCAUGACGGACAACCUCGCCGCAAAGAAGCACAAGACGGCUCGACGCGCUUUACUGCUUGACGAUGAUUCCAAGGAGAGCUCGCAAACUAUGCAAGGCUCGCUGACAGUCGUUCAAGCUGCUGCGGCUAAGAAGACGGAGGUCGUCGGGCAAGACAAGUUGGUGAAGCGUCCCCUCGAUCUCGGCAUGAAGCCAGUCGGGAUGAAGGAGCUCCUCAGCAAGGCGAACAGAUCUGCGCGUUUGUGCGUGUGCGAAGGUGAAACUGGCACCACUGAUGCGGAUUCUCUCGUCAUUUGCCGUGACUGCUCUCACACGUGCUGUAUCAAGUGCUGCGGGCGACCCGAACACAACUACGAGAAGCACGUCGUCGAUCGCAUCUUGCCGGAGGAUUUCAAAGAAGACUUGAAAAACUCUCUGCCGAUGCACAUGAAGUUGGAUGUGAGCUCGGCCAAGUUUACGAAACCGAAAGAACUUCUUGGUAAAGUGUGGGACGACUGGAUGGACGCGAUCAAGGCUAUUGGGGAAGCUGAUUUCUUGUUCCGAGGCAUGAAGCGAACCAACGUCUGGCGCGUGUAUUACUCGUGCGCUUCUGAGGACAAAGUACGCUUGGAAUUGCGCAUCGCUCCUAACGCGGCCGAGUGGUUGAUCUUCGUUGAUCCUUCCAUCAAGAAGGGCAAACCGGAGGAGUUCCAUGAACGCCCGUUGAUGCGUAUGCUCUUGGACAAGUCGGCGAAGAGCGUCUUGGACGGCACGUGGGAGUUCUUCUCGCCAGAGUACGCCGCGGUGCCGGUUAUUCUUGAAGGUAAGGGCGAACUCGAAGAUUCUUGGCAGAUCAAGCUCGGUAUGUUGACCAACAGCAAGCUGAACGGUGACGUGAAUUGGCCGGAGGAACGUUGGACUCAGUACGAAGUUAAGCUGAAAGAUCCGAAGAACGCGACAGAGUUUGAUCGCAGCAUCACCGGCACCUACCAGCUUUAUGACAAAUGCGACGCCGCUCAAAGUUCAUUGCACAAGCGCAUUGGUGGCCCGCAAAAUGGUCGCGAAAUGUACUUCUUCAUGGACCCCAGACGUAACCAAAAGGGUGAAUUUGACUACUUCGUGUUUGCGGAUAACCAUCGUCGUUUGAUGUAUGGUGAAGACCGCAUGGAGACGGCGCACUUGGAUUUCCGAAACCUUGGACAGCCUCCUUCGGGAGAUCGUUUCCGUCCGAGUGAUAAGAAGGUUGUCGAACACAUGGCUCACACGUUUGGAAAAUGGACUGCUCUGCCGCAAAAGGUUGCCCUCAUGCCCGCCGUCGUCCAAAACGCCGUCGUGUUGACGCCGCCGGUGAACGCCGUCCCGACUCAAGGCGAGGACUCGUGCUCGAAGGCGGUUGCCAUCAUGCGUUGCUCCGUUCCUUUGUCUAGCGUUGAUGUCGAUUUGUGGCCCGAGAAUGGAUACACGACUGUGCGUCUUGACAAGAGUCAUGCUACCUUCCAACGCCUCGAGUGGUUCACGUCUCGCAUGGAACUUCCGAAGGUUGUGGAGAAGUGGAACCAGCUCAGCGACGAUCACGCGUUGUCGUGCGAUAAAUUCGCUUGCUCGCGAUGUGCGCCGACGCCGCCGACUCUUUUGUGGAGCCGACAAGUCGGUUCGCAAAAGAUUCAAGCCCGUGAAGAUCCGUUGCAGGCAUCCAAAUAUGAACAAGCGCUCAAGUGUCGACCCGAGCCAUUCGUCGUGCAAUGGACUCGCGAGAAGACGACGGGCAACUUGAUGAUUGCUGGUAACCCAGCUACGCUCGUUCAUCGUGCUCUUGCGCUUGUCGCUCCGUCUGGUGUUCGAGGCAUCGAAUCAAAGGCGCCGCAUAUGUCGUGGAGAAUCGUUCGACACGACGACCGCCCGAUGGACAACUUUGGGGAGUUUGAAUUGAAGAGCAACCGUCACGACAAGCAAGUUGCGCAACCGCCGAACUGGAGCAAGAAGUACCCACUUCGCCCAGAACAACUGCGCUCGCUUGGGUGGAUGGUUCAGCAAGAGAUCAACGAAACGCCGUUCGUGGAAGAGGAAAUUUGUGAAAAACUUCUUCCGGCUUUGGGCCUUCGCAUGGAUGGCAAGGCGGAAGUCUCAAAGGUGAUUCGCGGCGGCAUCGUGGCCGAUCAAGUUGGUUACGGGAAAACGGCCAUCUCCAUCGGGGUCAUCUUGGCGAACCAGCUCAAGUUCCCGACGCCCAAGCAAGCUAAAGUUGAUGCUCCGGUCAAAGCGAUUCCGACCAAGGCAACGCUUGUCAUCGCGCCGUCUCAGUUGCUCCGCCAAUGGCCGAGAGAGGUUGAGAAGUUCAGCGCGAGAGGUUCUUUGAACACGGUCGUUCUCAAGACAAUGUCUGAUCUCAACUCUUUGACGGCGCGAGAGGUCAUGGAAGCAGAUGUUGUCAUCGUCGCUACGACUCUCUUCAGAUCUUCGCUGUACUUUGAGCGUCUCGCGCAACUCGCCGGUCGACCUUCUCUUCCGGAUCCGAAAUCUUCGAGCCAAGCGCGCCACUUCACGAGCGUGUACAAGGACACUGUGGCGAGCCUCGAAGACCAAGUCAUGCGAUUGACCGAUAAGAAACUUGGUGUCGCUGAGGUUGCCAAACACACGCCGACGAAGAAGACGCCGACGAAGAAGACGCCGAUGAAGUCACCGAUCCGCGCGUCUGCGCGAAACACGCCGCGUAAGUCAUACGCUGAAGAUGAUAGCAUGGAAACUGAUGAUGAGAUCUCUGAUUGGGAUGACGAUGAAUCGCUGGAUGGCAGUGAAAGCGAGGAAUUCGUCAAGGAAAAGUCGACGCCGAAGCGUAAGCGCAUCGUUAAGCAACGAAGCAUGGAAAUUGACGCCGAUGGCAAUAAAGAUCAUUGGGGUCUCGAAAGCGCUCAAGCUGAGUACGACUGGCGUGACAUCAAGUCUGUUCCUGUCGAGCUAUUCCACUGGCGCCGCGUCAUCGUCGAUGAGUUUACAUACUUGAAGCCGUCCGAUAAGGCCGUCGUCAUGGGACUUCAAUCUGAAUCCCGUUGGUGCUUGUCUGGUACUCCGCCGGUGGGCGACUUUGCCGACAUCAAGGGUACCGCUGCUUUACUCGGUAUCAACCUCGGCAGCGACGAAGUUCCGCGCUAUAACAAGUCGGAAAUCACGAAGGUGGAGACGUUCCAAUUCUUUAAGGAGAAGCCGACACAACAAUGGCACAAGCGAAGAUGGGAGGUGGCGCAAGGCUUUUUGAACCGUUACAUGCGACAAAACAUUGCUGAAAUCGAUGAGAUCAAGUUCAAAGAAGAUGUGUGUGAUGUUCAACUUCGACCAGCUGAGCGUGCUAUCUACCUUGAGCUCGAUCACUACUUGCAAUCCAUGGACAUGAAGGCGAAGAAGAAGAAGCGAGGCGCGUCUGAGAGUGACCGCGACGCCCGUCUCGCUGCCGUCCUCGGCAACUCUUCUUCCGCAGAAGAAGCACUUCUGAAGCGCGUGGCGCACUUCGAAUUGGAUGACGAAGCGGGAACUGCGCUUCGAACUUGCCAAGACAUCGUGAACGUUCGCAAGACUCAACAAGAAGAUUGCUUGAAGGAAUUCGGUGAAGCCAUUCUCAAGGCGCGCGCCAUGUUGUCGCAAAUGUCUCAGAUGCCUGACUUUACUCCGGAAGACAAUCCGUUCAUCCGAUGGGAGAACGGCGUUCAAGGCGAAGGUAUCGGUGACCCCACAGCGAGCGAACUUCUCAAGGGCGUGGUCAAGGCUGUUGAAGGCGAGCCGAGCUCCACGAUGGACUCUGGGAAAUCCGUAUCCAUGAAGAAGACGAAGACGGCAUCCCUCGACGAUAAGCUCUGGGAGCUGCGAGAGCAUACGCACGGUCUCCGCAAGUUGCAAAAAGAGCUUGUCGGUCGAGUGCGCUCUUUGCGCUUCUUCCAGUCUGUUCGUGACUUGCAACAAGCCAAGAUGGACGAUUCGGUCAAGUGCGAAGCGUGCUCGAAGAAGUUUGCCAAGUCAAAGUCUGGCGUCCUAUCUACGUGCGGCCAUAUUGGUUGCGUCACCUGCCUCAAGGUCAACGCCGAGAACCAAGAGUGUGGCGUGAAGAACUGCGAUUGCGCUACUCGUGACACGUCCGUCGUGACCGCGGUCUCUCUUGGCACCGAGGCCAGCGCGGACUCCAAGUCUAUCAAGACUGAUGGUGGCGUCGGCGUGCACGGUUCAAAGAUCAUCGACAUCGUCGCUCACAUCAAGUCCAUCCCGGAUGACGAACGAAUCCUGGUCUUCGUGCAAUUUCCUGACUUGAUGCAACAAGUGAGCUCCGCGCUCAACGAAGCUGGUAUCAAAACGCUCAAGCUCAAGGGCUCGGUGCAUCAACAAACGGGCGCGCUCGACGAGUUCCAAAAAGAAAACUUGAAGAAGGAUGAUGCUCGCGUUCUCUUGCUUUUGAGCCGAGACGAAAGUGCGUCUGGAGCCAACUUGACGACGGCUAACCACGCCAUCUUCGUUCACCCCUUGCUCACGAACACUGCUCAGGAGUACAUCGCCAGCGAGACGCAAGCCAUCGGUCGCAUCCGCCGCUACGGGCAACAGCGCGAAGUGCGCAUCUGGCGCUUCAUCGCUCGCGAUUCCGUCGACUCUGAAAUCUUGAGUCAGCGCGCCGCUGGCUUGAUGCAGAACUAAUAACAGACUAGAUGCGCUUCUUACUUUACUAUUACUGCAACCGCAAAGAAACACCCUCAUAUUGACGACAGGAGGUGGUCUGAUCCCUCUCAAGUCUGCCAGUUGUCGCCAACACACAUAUAUGACGAUUUGUAACGUGUUUUACAUACAACUAUAUCACCUAAUGACGCUCUAAUACCAACGCGUCGUCGUUUUCAUGAACCAAGCAUCUCGUGCAGUUUCGGUGCUUCGAAGCUGCGCGUAGAGCGGUAGUUGGUCUUCAAGAACUUUCCUCGUCGCUCCGCGGCGUCGAUCAACGCGCGGAGUUGGCGCCGAAGAUGGAUCUUGACUCAACUUUAUCUUCGCCAACUGUGAACGCAGGCGCUCAGUUUCUUUCGUCUUCUUCUCGAGUUCGAUGGUCAGGCGUUCGUUGCGCGAUUUUUCGCGCGCCAACGCCCCUCGAAGCUCCUGAAUUUCUCGCUCUUUCGCGUUUGCUUUCGAACGCCGCUCUUCGCUUUCAACCGCUGUCGCGUUCUUUGUCGCCGUCGUUCGCGCAGCAUCGGCGCGACGUCGUGCCCAAAAUAACGCCAUAUCUAAAUCAAACGAGAC